AUGGUGACGACCACGGCGCCCUCGCCCUUCCUCGCCCGGAUCUCGGCCGGCCCCGAGGACCCCCGGCGCUUCCCCACGUCCCUGCUCCAGCGCCUCAUGCGGGCGGACCCCAGCGGCGAAGGCCACCCACCCGGCUGCUGCCUGGUGGGGCCCGGGGGCAGCCCCCGGCCGGCGCUGAAGAGAGUGCGGAGGCGGAAAGGGAGGAUCCGCUCCACCCCCGCCAGCCUCUCCCAGAGCCGUUACCAACAGCACCAACAGCAUCGCGCCGGCCUGGGGCGGAGGAACGCCGCGCAGGGGGCGCGCGGGCCCCCCUACGGCACCCCCGCGGCGUUAACAGAGCCCGGCGUCGAAACGGGCCCGGCCGAGGAAGCUCCGGCGGCUUCCCCGAGGUCCGCCCCUGCCAGCAAACCGCUCAGGAAAGAGUUGUUGAAAAACAAGAUGGGAAAAUCUGAGAAGACUACCAUUCCAUACAAUCAGUCUGUUCACACAGGUGUAGACUAUGAACAAUCAAAAAUUAACAGACAGAGGAGCAAAUGUAAUAUACAACUAAACAAGAGUCCGCCAGCAAAAAAAAGUGAAAAUAACUUUUGGCCAGAGUCAGUGUCAUCUGACCUCAUUAAAAACCAGGAGAAAAAAACUGUGAAAGACACAGAAAACAGCAAAAACAUGAAAUCAAAGAAACCCAUCUUUCUGACUGAAGCUAACCAAAAAGAAAAUUAUGCUGGGGCAAAAUUUAGUGAACCUCCUUCACCCAGUGUCCUUCCAAAGCCUCCUAGUCAUUGGGUAGGAAGCACUGGCCAAUAUUCUGACCAAAAUAGGGAGAUGAUGGCAGUCCAUCUAAAAACUCUCUUAAAAGUUCAAGCAUAGCAUAUGAAUAACCAAGAACCUACUGGAAAUUUGAAACCUGCCUUGUUGCAACAUGAAGUGCAAAAGACUGUCAAGUCUUAAAAUCACAAUCUUGUACUCUAUUUUUUAUGGUUGUGUAAAUAUUGUAUAUCAUGUAAUGUGUAUAUUCAUAUUUUGAGGUACAUUUUAGUUUUGUUAUGAAAGGAUGUAUUUUACACUGCCCAUGUGGCAGAUGAUUUUGUAUAUAGUGACGGACAACUUGUAAUGUGUGCUUAACACAUGAAAGACUUGACAAUGUUUGCACAAGGUAAUGAGAUUUGACAAAGAAGAAAAGCUCUCAUCUCAAGGUUCAAAUGACAAUGUGA